AUGACAAAACAAAAGAAGAAGAGGACAGAUCUGAAUGUGCCGAAAUUUGUCAUCGACAGAUGGAACUCUGGAACAAGCGCCAAAGACGAGAUGGCUGACUUGCUGUUGCAAGUCAACAACGACAAGGAAAAGUUCGUCACCGAGCUGGAGCUCAUCAUCCGCAAACUCAAGAAAUUCGUUCUUCAUAUCAACGAAGGGUGGUACUCCGAAAGUGAGAUGAAAAGCGAAUUGAAAUGGUCGCAGUCGGGGGCUUAUCUGUGGCAGUUCGUUCUGGGAGACAAGGAUCAAUGGUGCCAAGAAGGUUUGCGAGGCAAACCCGGACCUGCACAGGACUUCGUUUGCGCUGUCUCGAGCAAUCAGUAUGAUGGCGUGAAGGAAUACUACGUGACAGUCAGAGAGACAGCGCAACAUGUUCAUGCUCAAGAGAACGAGCACACCGAGCGCAAGAGGGUGAAGGCCUGCCCCGAAUCAUCUCAAAAUCUUAGAGCCUCAUAG